AUGGCGGAGCGGCUCGAGGGCCAAUUCGGCCCGGAGGGCGCGAGCCUGCUUCGGUCCAGGCUCGAGCCCCAGGAGGCUCGAACCAUGACCGUGACAAAGCAGGCGUCGGCGCCGGUCUACCUGUUUCUCGUCGGCGCGGUGCGUGCCGGUCCCGCGGAUGAGAAAAAUCUUUCGGAGAUGUCCAUCGACCCGCGCCCUCCCGCUUUGGCAUCCCGUCCCGCGUCGUACUCGCCGCUGAACGAACCCUCGAACCCCGAAUCAUUCCCGCAGAUUCUCUUCUUCAGCGCGUGCGUCGCCGGCCUGGUCGUCGGCGCGCGGCCCGAGUUCUGGACAGUCGAGCGCGACGUCGUCCCGAACGGGAUGGGAGCCGCGCUCGGCGGGGACGUCGACGACGUGCUCGCGUUUGACGAUAAGUGGUUCCCCCAGGGCAAGACCGCGGACGAGGUCAAGAUCGACCACGCCAGUAUCGGCGCGGAGAAUCGCAAACAGGAGGAUUUCGAGCCCCAGAGCGGGUUCGAGCGGUGGAGGGGCGCGCCCUACUGGCAGCACUACACCGAGAUGCCCGUCGAGUACAACCUUCCCAGGGCUCGGAUGCAGGCGAAGGACCUGGUGGUGGCGACGCACACGACGGAUAAGGACGCGUCGAAGCUGUUCAUGGCGUCCAUUCAUAAGCACGGGCUCGCGGCGUCGGUGUCCGGGGUCGGAACCUGGUGGCACUCGCACGAGGACAAGGAGAUUGGCCUGAAGGCGUCGCUCCUGCGCUUGCCCGCGGAUGAGGAUCCGCUGGUGAUCCUCGCCGACUCCGACGACAGCAUGUUCACGUGCGACGCGGAGGAGAUGCUGUCGCGGUUCGAGGAACUCGACGCCGACAUCGUCGUCGGCACGGAGACGAGGUGUUGGCCGCCCGAGGCUUCGCACUGUGGGGACGGGUACAAGCACCUCGAGGAGGGCGUGCGAGCGGGGAUGGAGGUGCGCUCCGAGCUCGGGCGCGUCGAGAGCUCGGGUGACGCGACACACGAGACCAAACCAACCACCAGGAUCUGGGGCGACGCGGGAGCCAUCGUGGGACGCAGGAGCGCGCUCGUCAAGCUCCUGAGGGAGUUCGAGUCCUUCCUAGAGAUCAACCCCAAGUACAAGGCGGAUCAAGGGACGGGCGCGCGGUGGGGCGCGUUUUACAAGUCGUGCAAGCCCUUCGGCGUGGACACCAAGGCGUGGAGGGAGGCGGUGAGCGCCAGGCCGCCGCGCGCGUGGAUCGGGUACGACGACCAGAUGUGCCUCAACAGGUACCUCAUCGAGCGAUCCAAGGCUAAGGACGUCCGCGUGAAACUGGACCGCGACGGCACGCUCGUGCACGCCGUCGGAGGGACGUCGAGUCAAUCGUACGCGACGGACCCGAAGACGGGACGGCCGUUCUGGAAGGCGACGAGCAAGUCGCCGUGCGUGUGGCACUUCAACACGCCCGCGGCGGCGGAGGAGAUGCGGCCCAUGAUCAAGGAGUACCCAGACGCGUUCGUGUGAGUGAUGAGAGACUCGGUUCGGCUCGUUUGAAGAAGACGGUUGUGGAAACCGCCGGGCUGGGGGAGUCGGAGAUGGCCCCGUCCUUUCCCCGGGAUGCGGGAUGCGUUGUGUACACGUAGCAGCCCGCGGCGCGAUUCUUGUAAAAUGACGAGCUUCGCGCGA